UCUCUUAACUUUGGUACCCCUUGCUUGUCACUGUUUGCAGUAUCAUUGCGUUAGACUGCAAGACUCGUCACCGAAUUUUCAUUCAACUUUAAGUCAAAAUGGGUGCCCGUUACGAUAGAGCUAUCACCGUAUUUUCUCCCGAUGGUCAUCUUCUUCAGGUUGAAUAUGCCCAAGAAGCUGUCAGCAAAGGUUCGACUGCGAUUGGAAUCCGAGGCCAGGAUGUCGUCGUCCUUGGAGUGGAGAAGAAGUCCGUAGCAAAGCUGCAGGAGGAGAGGACCGUCCGCAAAAUCUGCCUUCUGGAUGACCACGUUGUCAUGGCCUUCGCUGGUUUGACAGCUGAUGCCAGAAUUCUAAUUAAUCGGGCACAAAUAGAAUGCCAGUCCCACAAGCUAACAGUAGAAGAUCCGGUUACAUUGGAAUACAUUACACGUUACAUUGCAACCAUGAAACAGAAGUACACACAAAGCAAUGGCCGAAGACCCUUUGGUAUUUCAUGCCUGAUAGCUGGCUUUGACUUUGAUGGCAAGCCCCAUUUAUUCCAGACAGAACCCUCUGGUAUUUAUUAUGAGUGGCUGGCCAACUCCACUGGAAGACAGGCAGCCACAGUACGUAGUUACCUUGAAAAGAAUUACAAGCUGGAGGACAUGAAGACUGAAUCGGAUUGUGUCAAGUUGGCCAUCAAGGCUCUGCUUGAGGUUGUUCAGUCUGGCCGCAAGAAUUUGGAAAUUGCUGUCAUGAAGCGUGGUGAACCUAUGAGAAUGCUUGAUGGUGAGAAGAUUGAUGAGUACAUCAAGCAAAUUGAUGCUGAAAAGGACGAAGAGGCGGACAAGAAGAAGGCAAAGAAGUGAGGCUGGACCCAGACCUGUAAUUUUAUUUUGUUUGUCAACAUAUUUUGUCUCAAUACCAAUACAACCCUUUUUUUCUGUAA